AUGCGAAUGAAUAUGUACAUCUUUAUUCUCAUUUUAUUCGUUAUCGUUUCUAUCAAUGCAUCUAUUCGUGUCAUAGAUGAUUGUGAACUAAUAAUUGUUGGUGGGUCAACUGCAGCAUUAGGUGCUGUUCUUUCUGCUUCGAAAUUAAUCGAUAAAAAAGUAUGUUUACUUGAACCAACUGAUUGGGCAGGUGGUCAAAUGACAAGUGAAUUAUUAAGUGCACCUGAUUUUGCAGGCUAUAAACUAGUAGAUGAAAGUGGAUUCAUACUCGAUGUAGGUAAAAUUAAUCUUCAGAUAGAAAAUCGAAAUCCAUUAUUUACACAAAUGUUAAAUACACUUGGAAAUACUGGUCGUUGUUCUGUAUCACCAAUUUGUUCUAUUCCUGAUCAAUUUCAUUCUCAAGUAGUUCUACCAUUAAUAAAAAAUCUUCGAAUUUACUAUAAUACAGUAAUUAAACAUAUUACUAAAGAUACAAGUGGUCGUCGUAUUAUAAAAAUUGAUGCUAUACAAAGAAUUGCAAAUGGAAAAGAAAAUCGAUGUCGAUUCUUAUCAGAAGAAUUACCUGAUUAG